AUGCAGGAGGUGAAAAAGGCUAUUGAUGCUCAAGGGCAUUGUCUUUUGGAGAUGCCAUCCGGUACAGGAAAGACGGUAUCUCUUCUCUCCUUGGUUAUUGCUUACAUGAAAAGGUUUCCUGAUCGCUUAGAUAAACUGGUAUAUUGUUCACGAACAAUUCCUGAAAUUGAAAAAUGUAUGGAAGAAUUGCGAGCUUUAUACAAGUUCUACGAGCGGCAAACUUCGAGUGCUCCUCCAUUUGUGGCUGUGGCGAUGUCUGCUCGAAAGAAUCUUUGUAUCAAUGAAUCUGUGGCAUCAUUAAGGCAAGGUUCGCUGGUGGAUAGUGGUUGUCAAAGACUGACUGCUAGUUUCGUACGUGCACGUCGUCAGUUUGAUUCGUCCAUUCCGUCGUGUCCGUUUUUCGAGACUCUUAACGCUCAGCAACAGUUCAGCCUAUCUCCUGGAAUAUAUAAUCUCAGUGAUCUCAAACAAGUGGGUCAUGAGCGUGGUAUUUGUCCCUACUUCGUUGCUCGAGAAGCAAUCAGAAAAGCGUCAAUAGUGGUGUACUCCUAUCACUAUAUUCUCGAUCCCAAGAUCGCGGAACUGGUAUCUAAGGACUUCAGUCGCAGGUAUAUUGAUUCAUUUUAA